GGAAGCCGAGAAGAAACGUCGAAGACGAACUGAACUCGGAAUCUAGUUACCAAGAAAGGAAGCAGCACACCAUGAGCUCAUUUAAGAAGGAACACCCGUUCGAGAAGCGCCAAGCCGAGGCUCAGCGUAUCAGAUCCAAGUACCCCGACCGAAUUCCGGUGAUUUGUGAGAAAGCAGACCGAAGCGAUAUCCCGGACAUUGACAAGAAGAAAUACCUGGUGCCAGCCGACCUAACAGUUGGCCAGUUCGUGUACGUGAUCAGAAAGCGCAUCAAACUGAGCCCCGAAAAGGCAAUCUUCAUCUUCAUCAACAACGUCCUCCCACCUACCGCUGCUUUGAUGUCGAACAUUUACGAAGAACAGAAAGAUGUGGACGGUUUUCUCUACAUCACUUACAGCGGCGAGAACACGUUCGGUCAAUAGGUUGCACGUGCUGUGCUCGUGUGGGGACUGGAUUUUGGUUGAACGAGAUUUUUUCGUCGUCGCUUUAGGGAAUUGCGAGGUUCGAGCUUUCUUGUUGCAGUAGCGGCGCUGUACUGUUGACUUCAGUAGGAACUGAUGGCAAGAUGAAGCCGCCGGAAUCUACUUCAAGCAUGGAAAGAAGUACUACUACAUGUAGUAUUUGCUGCGGUGUGGCUAUUUCUACUAGAGCUGGCGAUGUGGAUCUUUCUUAGGAGCAAAAAAAACAGAAAAAUGCAUUCAAUUCUAUUCUCUCU